AUAGUAGCCGGUGAAACUGCACGAUUGUUGAUGGCUUAAAGAUAAGCCAAUCAGAGCUUGUAACGUCAUAUCUAGCGUCUUCUAUCAUCCAAUCACUGUACUUUACUUACUAUAAAUAGCAGAGAAGCUCGCGUAUUUGCGCUAGUGUUAGAUAUUACGUUGUGCUGUUUUCCUGUCAUGGCUCGUACUAAGCAAACUGCUCGGAAAUCUACUGGUGGCAAGGCUCCACGCAAACAGUUGGCCACUAAGGCAGCCCGCAAGAGUGCUCCGGCAACCGGCGGUGUGAAAAAGCCCCACCGCUACCGGCCCGGCACUGUGGCUCUGCGCGAGAUCCGCCGUUAUCAGAAGUCCACCGAGCUGCUGAUUCGUAAACUACCUUUCCAGCGCCUGGUGCGCGAGAUUGCGCAGGACUUUAAAACAGACCUGCGUUUCCAGAGCUCUGCUGUGAUGGCUCUGCAGGAGGCGUGCGAGGCCUACUUAGUUGGGCUGUUUGAGGACACUAACCUGUGCGCCAUCCACGCCAAGCGCGUCACUAUCAUGCCCAAGGACAUCCAGCUCGCUCGCCGCAUCCGCGGAGAGCGGGCGUGAUUACUCCGGCAGCUCUAGACGGUCCAAUCAAAGGCUCUUUUCAGAGCCACCACCUUUUCAAGUAAGGUAGCUGUAAGAAGCCAAUCCAUAGACGAAAGGGAAUGUAUGGGGAGCACUUUUCGUUUUAAUAUUUGUCACUGAAGGCUUCAAAAACAUUCGAUUUUGGCUGCUCACUGUGACGCGCCUGUGAUUCAAGCACUUUGGGAGGCUGAGGCGGGCGGAUCACCAGAGGUCAGGAGUUUGGGAUCAGCCUGGCCAAUAUGGCCGAACCCAGUCUCUACGAAAAAUAACAACG